CGUGAAUCGAUUGACUUGGCCCAACAAACGCUUUCAAUAUACAAUACAGAAAUGUUAUGUUCUGCUGGAACGUUAUGCCGAGUCUUAUAUGAAGAUGAAAUGAGUCAAGUCUCUCAAUCAUAUAAAGUUGCGAAAGUUGCGCCUAUCAUUGAUAAAACGAGGUUCGAAGCACGUUCAGCGCAUGCUCUUAAACAUUUUACCUUUAAGCAAAGCACUCCAGAUGUCAAAGUAGGAGACAUAAUCGAGAAACAAUUUUAUAAAUGUUGUCCAUCAAAAUUGUCUAUAUUAUCAACUCAUGGUGUCAAAGAAAUUACAAAAGUACGGUUACUCAAUCCAGAGAUGGCCAAGUUUAUCAAAAAUGUCCCAGCUGUUCCGAAAUUCGUGGAAAAUCAAUGUGUAGAAUUUUUCAAAAGAGCUAACACUGUUUUGAAACUUAUUGAAAAAGCUUCAAUAAAUGACGUAUUAGAUCAGAAUGAGAUGGUGUCCCUAAUAAAGUGGUGGAUAACGAAUUUUUCGGAAUCAAAUUAUAAUAAAUUAAUGCAGCUAGCCGUCGUGCAUGUUGAAAAUAAAGAUGUUUAUCUGAAAAAUAUUCGUUAUUAUCAAAAUCCAAACAUCAUUGAACCAGAUUUAGAUGUCCCAUCUAAUGUAUUGCCAUAUAUUAUUAACAAAGAAUUUGAUAUAAAUGCAAUAAAAAGAUCGUUCAAAUGUGGCGUGAAAAAACCUUCAGAAUCAUAUUUUCCAGAAGUAACGCUAUUUUCGGACUUACCAAAUGUUACCAUAGAAGUUAACGAAGAAUUUUUCACUAUGAUGGAAAUACGUAAGCUUGUUUUUGAUCGACUUGUCAAUAGCAACAAUUUGAAUCAUAUGAAGCUUGUAGAAUAUUUCACCAAGCAUGAAUGUGACCUUAACAGUGCCGAAAUAGAGACAUUGAAAAGGACUGCAAUUUGGUUAAAAGAGUUUGUUGGGAAUAAUAAGUCAGAGAUUAAUGUUCGAAGGUAUUUAGCAAGAGAAUUAUAUGCUCCUAGUGAAAAACUUAGGGAACUUGAAUUACCAACUAUUAUGAAUCUUAUGACUCAAAAUCGAUCUUCCAGUCUUAGGGUGAAAGCGCUUGAAUAUUUUGUCAGCAAACUUAAUGAUAAAUAUUCCAGAGAAUACAAUUCAAAUUCAAUCCAAGAAGAAUUUUUACC